AAAAAAAUAGAGAGAGUUUUGUGGGGGAAAAUUGUUAGAAAGAAUUAAAAAAAUAGAAAAAAGGGAUUCGCAGAAAGAGAGAAGGAAACAAAGAAAAAGGAGAGGAAGGAGAGAGAACCCACCACCCUUUGGCCCUGGAGAGACCAAAGAUGGUCGAAGAGAAAAAACUCUGAGAUCAUCAUCAUCAACAUCCUGCAAAAACAAGGGCAAGUUCAACAAGAAAUCAGAAAAUAUAACUCAAUAUUCAUUAAAAUUCUCUUUAUAAGUCAUUUUCGCUUCCUGGGAUAUAUUUUAGUUGUUGAUUCCCUUCUUUUUGGUAAACGAUUCCCGAUUUUUUUGUUAAGAAGAAGUUUUUUCUGUAAGGUAUUAAAAGAUUAUCAAGAAGAAGAGAAUUUCACGAGUUGUUGACUCUUGAAAAUUCAUUUUUUGAUGAUUAGGGUGUUGUGCAAUAAAUUUUGCAAACAAUGAGAGACCCUUAUUAUUAUUCAAUCAUCAACCUCGUCCUUCUCUUCUUGCUGAGGAUUCUGUAAAGUUUGCAAUUUUUUUUAUUUUAUUUCUGUAUUUGUUUAUUAGAAAAAAAAAUCUGGAGAUUUUGUAUAGCACUACCUGAAAUGGGUUGUCGAUGGAAUCAUACUGGAUUUCAAUACUCUUGCUUUAUGUUCUUGGUCAUUACCCUUCAAUCUCGUUCCUCAUUAUCCCUCAACUCCGAAGGAUUUCUGUUGUUGAAAUUCCGGGAAAGAGUUGAUUCUGAUCCUCAUGGAACUCUUGCGAAUUGGAAUAUUUCUGAUGAUCAUCUGUGUUCUUGGUUUGGUGUAACGUGUGUCGACAAUAAAAUCCAGAUGCUGAAUCUUAGUGGAUGUUCUUUGGGAGGAACUUUAGCACCUGAGCUAAGUCAAUUGAGUGAACUAACAUCUCUCAUACUAAACAAGAACAAUCUCUUUGGUGAUAUUCCAAAUGAAUUUGUCACGUUCCCGAGAUUGAAAUUGUUGGAUUUACGAGAUAAUAAGUUAAACGGAGCAGUUCCACCUGAGCUAAACAAGAUGUUGUCACCAGAGAACUUGUUGCUUUCUGGUAACAAAUUUGCUGGUUAUAUGAAGAUAAAGUUCCUUAGACUUCAAUCGCUAUAUAAAGUCAACUUGAACAAGCAUCGAGAGCUGUCUUCUGCUUCCAAUGCUGUCUUCGACUGUGUAAAUAGAAAACUUGGAUACUGUGUUUCAAGGAGAAGACUGUUAAGACUAAACAAAGCAAAAGCAUUUGUAUUGCGGAUUAAAGCAACUACAAGACAGUACAUGCUGCUAAGUGAGCCUCACGGGAAGAAUAAAGUCGUGACUUACAUCCCAAGUUCCAUAGAGAAUGGAUCUAGUAUCUUCAGAAGGCGUGAGUUACUAGAGGGAACAAGUAACUUAGCAGCUAUGCCUGCGCCUGAUGCUCCUAGUCCUUCUCCUCAGAUCAUAACCAACGUGUUUCCUCGAAGCAGCGGGUCUUUUCCUGCGUUGGCUACUGCAAAGAAGAGAAUACCUCCAUUGAUCCCUCCUUCUCUUCCUCCAACAGAUGAGAACAACAACAACAACAUAAGCUCUGAUCCCCCGAGGCAAUUUGAAGAAGAAGAAACAAAAGGGUCUAAGGAUGUUUGGUUAUAUGUUCUUAUCGGCGUUGCUGCUUUUGUAGCGGUGUUGAUAGUAAUAGCUGUUAUAUUCUUCUUCCGGAAAAGAGCAGUAAAGACUAUAGGUCCAUGGAAGACUGGUUUAAGUGGACAGUUGCAGAAAGCUUUUGUAACUGGUGUACCAAAGCUAAACCGGUCUGAAUUAGAAACAGCUUGUGAAGAUUUCAGUAACAUCAUUGAAACAUAUGAUGGUUACACUGUCUAUAAAGGAACUUUAUCAAGUGGUGUUGAGAUUGGGGUUGCGUCAACCGCGAUUUUGGAAAGGAGAGACUGGUCAAGAGCCAUGGAAAUGACUUACCGUAGAAAGAUUGAUACAAUGUCAAGAGUCAACCAUAAGAACUUUAUAAAUCUAAUUGGUUACUGUGAAGAAGAUGAACCAUUUAAUAGAAUGAUGGUUUUCGAAUAUGCCCCAAAUGGAACUCUUUUCGAACAUUUGCAUGAUAAGGAGAUGGAGCAUCUUGAUUGGAGCGCGAGGAUGAGGAUAAUUAUGGGAACUGCUUAUUGUCUGCAACAUAUGCACGAGCUUAAUCCGCCAAUGUCACUCUCUAAACUUGCUUCAUCAGCAAUCUACUUAACCGAUGAUUAUGCAGCAAAGGUCGGAGAGGUUCCUUUCGGCUCACAAACUGGACUUAAAUCGAGAAAGCCGACAAGUGGUGAUUUAGACAAAUCUUUAUUGCCGUUACCAGCUGAACCAGAGACUAAUGUCUUUAACUUUGGAGUAUUAAUGCUUGAGAUAAUCUCUGGAAAACCCCCAGAUUCAGAUGAGGAAGGAUCAAUUACAAAAUGGGCAUCAAAGUAUCUGGAGAGUGAUAAGUUGAAAGAUAUGAUAGAUCCUACAUUAACAACGUUUAAAGAAGAGGACCUUGAAGUUAUAUGUGACGUAGCACGGCAUUGUCUGAGAACUGACCAGAGUCAACGACCAACAAUGAAAGAUGUGAUUGAGCAACUGAAAGAAGUAAUCAACAUUUCUCCAGAACAAGCUACACCGAGACUCUCUCCUCUUUGGUGGGCAGAGCUUGAGAUCUUAUCCUCUGAAGCUACUUAACUGGAAGAACCAUUCUCUCCUCCUCCUCUCUCUCUCUCUCUCUCUCUCUUCGAGUUGUCACAAGUGUCAAGAGGUCCAGGUUCACGCGCUCUUUCUCUGUCUCUUUCCCUCUGCUUACAGUAAACAUCGUCGUAUGUAAAAGUUGUUUUCUUUUCUUUUUAAAUUCUUCAUAUUAAAUUUGUUUCUUGGUUGGUUUUGAUAGUGUAUUUGGAUCCAGAUAAUACAACGAUGUGUCUGUAUAAUUGUAUUCUACCAUACAUAUACCUAUUACGUAUACGUAUUUUAUGGUGAAAUGUUGUUGUAACUAUUAAGUAUUAACUUCGGUUUUCUGAACUA